AAACUGCAGAUGGAGAAGCUCAUUUAGGCCAACUUGAAAAAUAGUAGAGCAGUUUGUGAAACUGAAGGAAAAGAGGGAUCCUUUGUUCCAUAAUCUUUAUUCAUAUAAUGGACGUAUCAUCAGCAAAAUGGUUUUCGGAUUUGGGAAUGGAUGAUUACAACUUCAUUCAUGAAGGGUUUACAGCACAGGACAUAGCAACUGCCCUUGGAGAAAAUUUCAAACAAUCUUUCUCCAAUGAGAGUUAUUCCUCUUACCCAACUUUGACUACCCAAAAAUCCCCCACCACCACAUUAAGUGGUGGUUCAUCUAUCAAUGAGACUAAUUCUCAGACGAGCUUUGAGAGACCAGCCAAACUGGUCAAGACCAACAGCUGGAACUCUGCCAUUACAGAACAUGUUUCACCAAAGCCUUCUUGCAAGUCCUCUUCCUCCCACAUUCUUUCUUUCGAGAACACGAAUUUGAAUUCUUCACCACCUUCCAAGCCUCAUCAACAGUUCUCUAAUGGUUUUGACACUACCCUGAGGCCAAAGGAUGAGGCACCAUCCGAAAUAUGUAUGCAGUUUGAGAACCAAAGCUAUGGGACUAAUAAGAGGCCUUACUCAAUGACUAGAACUCCUUCUCAUGCUCAAGACCACAUAAUGGCUGAGAGGAAGAGAAGAGAAAAGCUCAGUCAGAGAUUCAUUGCUCUUUCUGCCAUUGUUCCUGGACUAAAAAAGAUGGACAAAGCUUCUGUUCUUGGAGAUGCAAUCAAGUAUGUGAAACAGCUCCAAGAAAGUGUCAAAGUUCUUGAGGAACAAACCAAGAAGAGAACCGUGGAAUCCGUGGUGUUUGUGAAGAAGUCUCAGCUGGUCUCUUCUGAUGAUGACACUUCUUCAUGCGAUGAGAACUUUGAUGGUCGCAGCUCUGAUGAAUCGCUCCCGCAAAUUGAAGCAAGAGUUUCAGAGAAGGAUGUAUUGAUUCGAAUUCACUGCGAGAACCAGAAAGGAUAUGUGGUGAAAAUUCUAAGCGAAAUAGAAAAGCUUCAACUAUCUGUGGUUAAUAGCAGUGUCUUGCCAUUUGGAAAGUCCACUCUAGACAUAACCAUUAUUGCUCAGAUGGAUGAUGAAUGCAACAUGACGGUGACGGAUCUUGCCAAAAGCUUGAGAGUGGCUCUAUUGAAGUUCAUGUAACAUGCCAUGGGGCAUGUUCAUAUAUUCUGAUCGAGGAUUCUAUAUCGUCAACCUGUACAUGAUCCGAUAGCUUGCAAUCAAUCAUUAGUUCUCAAAUUAGCUGCAGUUUCUCUUUUUUUGGACCUCUGGAGACAAGUCUAGUAUGCCUGUGAAUCUCUCCCUCCAUUUUUCAGACCAAUAUCCACCAUUUGGGUCCAUUGCCAAAGCUUGUUUUUGCCAUGAGGCGGUUUCUACAUGUAUUUGCUGGAGGGUUUUUGUACUUAUUUUUGCGUGGUGCACUUUCUGCCGCCGCGUUGACUUACCCACCAGCUGUGACAAUUAAGGAACCCCAGGGCCGGAAGAUUUGUUUGCUUCUUUUUUAUGAGGUUUGAUUUUUCAUUUUGGUAAUGAAUACCUCUUUCCUCUUAUCUUUUCUGGCUUUGUAAAGGAAUCCAAAACAUGAUCUAAUUUCUUCUUGGGGGAGAAACAAAUUACAGCAUUUUUAGAGGUUGGUUCGACACUUUUUUAUGUUGUUGGCCUGAUCAGUGUGUACUUAUCAGUCAGGCUCCUGUAUUAAUUCUUCCUUCAAUUUAAGCUGCUUUUUCUU